CUCCUCCUACUAAUACACCUAUCUGCCCUCGAGUUGUAGGCUACUAUUGCAUCUUGGAAUUGGUACCAUUUGUACAUACAACAACCAUUUCUACAAUGGCAAUGAUGCUGCCAUUCGGUUAUUCCGCUAUCUUUUACAUGCUGGUCGGAUACUUUGAUUCUGCAUGCGCUGAAUCCGUGCUUCUCAACUCAAAUGCCAUCAAGAACAUACCUUUAGUGGCGGGUCUGAGUCACCCGAUAAGCGCGAGCCCAGCCGAAUUUUCAUUUGACAGCGGGACCCAAAAUAUGGCAAUUGAUACCAUACAGUCUUUGAGUUGCUCCACGGACGAGGAGUGCGGUGACCAUGGUUUAUGCUUUGUGUCCCGAGGCGCAUGUCUCCCGUGCAAGAGGCGCAGGAAGCGCUGUAUCCGGGACACUAUGUGCUGCCCGGGCAACCAGUGCAGCAAUGGUGUGUGUUUACCCAGCGAUCCUGACAUGGUUCAGCACAUCCGAAUGGAGGACAUAGUGCCACCCAGCAAUACACCCGAGAAAAACUCUACAGUGGAACUGAACUCCAAGUUGCCCACGCAAGAUCUUUCACAAACCCCAAAAGGUCUGGAAGGAAAGCGCUGCCUGAGGUCUUCGGAUUGCACAGAGGGACUUUGCUGCGCGCGUCACUUCUGGUCCAAGAUCUGCAAGCCAGUGUUGAAAGAUGGUCAGGUCUGCACCAAACACCAAAGGAAAGACACACACGGUUUGGAGAUAUUUCAACGGUGUGACUGUGGAGACGGCUUGUCCUGCAGAACACAGAGAGGGGAGCACAACGGCAAGGCAUCUCGAAGUCUGCACACUUGCCAAAGACAUUGAAUCAGCGGCAAUCCGUGGGUUUCGGUAGCCUUUCAGAAAGUCUGACUGGAGGACUGAUGUGAUUUCUGACAAGACCCGUUUUGUUUUGGUCUUCUGAUUUUUGUCACUCAAAAAUAGCAGAGUCGUUGUGAUUGUUUCUCUAUGGAACUUGAGAUAUAUGAUUGUUACGGUAAAUUACUGUAUUGUACAUAACUUAUAGAUAAUGGCACUUAAUUAUUUUUGGUCACAACAACUAUUCGAGGAGAAGGUGCUCUCUCUAUGCUGUUAUCACAUUAUUGUAAAUGUAUUAACACUGUGAUUUAUACAACUUUAUAUAGAUUCUGAUAUAAAUUUAUAUUUUUAUUUGAAAUAAAGAGU